GCGUGUGCGUGUUCCACUCCACACAUCACCAUUCGCAUGGCCAAACUGCUCUCCUCCGCCUCGUCCCACGAGCUUCUCGCCCCGCCACCGGCCGUCUCCCUCCCCGUUGUCGACCUCUCCCUCAGUCACGAUGAGGUCCGCCGCGCCAUUCUCGACGCCGGCAAGGAGCUGGGCUUCUUCCUGGUGGUCAACCACGGCGUUCCUGAGCAUGCGAUGCGGGACAUGGAGGCGGUGUGCGAGGAGUUCUUCCGCCUCCCGGUGCUGGACGUGGCACCCUUCUACUCGGACGACAGACGCAAGCCCAACCGGCUUUUCUCUGGCACCACCUUCAACACCGGCGGCGACAAGUACUGGCUGGACUGCCUCCGCCUUGCCUCCACCUUCCCCGUGGGAGACAGCAAGAAUCACUGGCCCGAUAAGCCCCAAAGCCUUCGAGAAGUUGUCGAGACGUUCUUCCUGUUGACAAGAGGUGUGGGCAUGGAGCUACUGCGGCUUCUGAGCGAGGGCAUGGGGCUCCACCCUGACUACUUCGAUGGGGCCCUCAGCUGCGGUGAUACCACCAUCUCCCUCAACCAUUACCCAAGGUGCUCGGACUCGAGCCUCGCGCUCGGGCUACCGCCACACUGCGAUCGGAACCUCAUCACCCUACUCCUACCUGGUGUAGUCCCCGGUCUCCAAGUCUCCUACAAGGGUGAUUGGAUUAACGUGGAGCCUAUGCCAAAUGCCUUUGUCGUCAACUUCGGCUUGCAACUUGAGGUCGUAACCAACGGGGUGCUGAAGAGCAUAGAGCACCGGGUGAUGACUAACUCAGUGAUGCCACGAAUGUCGGUGGCGGUUUUCAUCGAGCCGGAUGCGGACUGCCUCAUCGGGCCCUCGGAGGAGUUCAUUGGUGAAGGAAACCCCAUGCGCUACCGUUCCCUCACAUACCGUGAGUUCUUGCGCGUCCACAAUGUUGUAAAGCUGGGCUCAUCGCUCAAUCUUACAACCAAUCUCAGCAACUCUCAACAAACACAAGACAAAAAUACAUGAAGAGCCACAGCCGAUAAGCCUUCACUGUUAUGUUGGUUGCCAGAUCUCUCAACACGCAUGCCGUGGGUAUAUCAGUUACAUCAAGCUACCUUCCCGGUGUUGUUAGGGUAUACAUUCAUGUUCUGUUGAUGAUACAAGUAAUCUUACUCGUGGCUCGGGCGACUUGAUUACAGAAAGUAAACGACGCAAAACUGUUUUGUAUAGGAAACUUAUCACCCAUA